UUUUCAUUUUGGAGACCUGUGAUGGUUGAAGCAUUACAUAUUUGGAAGAAUCAGCUGCAAGUAUUAUGUUUUGGCAGUUCUGGGAAGAAAUGUUGUUUUCAUAAUCAUAGAUAACAAAGAAGAACUUGCUGCAGUCCAGUGUUUCCCAUGUGACACAGCUCAUAAAUUACAUAAAAAGCAAAAGGUCUUCAUUGACUUUAUGAAAGAGGGAGCCUCUGGUGCUGUAUCUGUGAUGCUAAGGAAGUGUUCCGCACCAGUCUGCUGAAUCAAUGUACUUUUUGGUCCCUAGUCAAUGACACAUUAAUAUCACCAGGAGGAGAUGAAUAUAUGAAAGCUGCGUUACAUUCUACCCGUUAUUGAACUAACAAAGGAGCUGGCUGGGUAUAUUCCUUUACUGUGUGGGAGACAAAGAUUAUGGCAAUUGAUUUUAAUUUAAGCUUUUUAAAGGAGCUGGAAAGAGAAAGGGUUUUGGAAGUUCUCUACAGAGACCAGUCCCUACAAAAGCUGGAAGAGGAAAGAGUAAGGAAACUAAAAGCACAAUUGCAGCAGCUCCGUUGGAAAGGUGCUAAGAGUGUGAGCAGGGAAUACGAGGAGAGAUCGUGUGCUCGUUGCCAGAAACCCCUUGGCCGGUUGCUAAAUAGAGGAGCUGUUUGCGAUGGUUGCAGUCAUCGCGUGUGCCAGGAAUGCCAGGUUUUCUUGCAGCACCUCAUGUGGAAGUGUACUGUCUGCUAUGCCCAUGGGGAAGUUAAGAUACAAACAGGGGAAUGGUUCUUUGAAUUAAGAGAGAAGAAGUUUCCGUCCACAGGAAAACAAGAAACUGUUGGUUCCAAGCUACUGAAAACUUACCAAAAAAUGAG